UCCAUCGUAAGAACUAAGAAAAGACAGAUGAGGUUUCAAGAUAAGCAAAAUUUUAGCCACCACCAUAUUUUGAUUUCCCUCCAACUUGAUGAAGGAGAGGAGAUUAAAUGCAAAGGCUGUGAUCAGAUUAUAGUCGAACCUUUUCAUGGCUGCCUAUCCUGCAACUUCUACCUCCAUAACCAUUGCAUGAAUGCACCUCGUUCUCUUCAACACCCCUCUCAUCCUUCUCAUCCAUUGUCCCUUCUCCCAUUCCCAACUUACUGCUGCCGAUCGUACACUUGCGAUGCAUGUGGAUCUGAAGGCAGAGCCUUUGGUUUCAGUUGUUCCCAUUGCGAAUUUGAUCUUCACGUAAAAUGUGCCACUUUGCCUAGUACCAUACUUCUUGAAAACCACACUCAUGAAUUAAAACUGGUUUUUGGAUCGCCUUAUGAGGAUAAAAGCACUGUAUUUGCCUGUGAUUUGUGUCGGGGAAUCAUGCAGAAUAACUUCUGGCUGUACUAUUGUGAAGAUUGUGAUUUUGCGGGGCAUUUAGACUGCGCAACUUCUAAGGGGUGCUCCAAGGAAGAAGAAUCACGAAAACCAGCUGAUGACGAUGCAGCAGCAAAGGAAAGAUCCAACGUUAACCAAGUAGAUUUCGAGAAUCAAACACAAGAAUCGGAAAUGUCGAUUUUUGAGGCCCAAAGGAAACUGAGAGAACAGCAUAUUGCACAUAAAAUAAUGCUUGAAGCACUUGAUAAUGCUGGUGACUAUGUAGGGUCAGGAUCAUCGUAUACGAGGACGUACUAUUACUAACAACAAGCAUUCAUGAACAAAUCAUCAUCAUGGGUUGGGAGGAAGUUUGCUUUAAUUUUUUUGUUAUUGUUUUCAUUUCGAAGCUGAAAUAAAGCUGUCAAAUCUAAAUAGACCGCGAAAAUUCAUAUUAAGUAUUGAAUCUUCUGAAAGGUGGAUCACAACAGAGUAUUGGUGCAAGUUGAUUGGUCUAGAGAAUGUGACUUGGAUUGUGCUAG